CAGCGCGCGCGUUCAGUCAGUUGGGUGUGAUCUUCGAGUGAGGUUGUGUAGCUCUGUAGCCAUUCGUUCGGUCGAAACGCUUUUCAUACGACAGAACACGCGCGCGGGCUCUUUUCUGUUUGACUUGCUUCUGGUUCGUUGCGUUUUUUGGCGGUUUGGUGAUCGGAUCGGAACGGAUACCCCUUUUUGACUCCACCGGUCGGUCGGUCGGUUUUUGGUGUAGGGACGAUCGUGUCGUGGUGUUUAUUGGUCAUAUGCAGAGGAGAGCGUUGCUUUCGACGGAUAAACAGGUUUGGGUCAUUUCUCCUUUCGCUCCGGAGUAUUGUUUGCUGGGUGUUUUUGUUUUCUUUUCGGGUAGAAGUAUUGUUUUUCGUGUCAGAGAAUAGCCACAGAAAGCAGUAGAUAGAACAGUGUUGAAACGUGACACCAUAACAAAAUAAAGGCAGUGUGCUGAUAACUACUCCGUCCCGAACAAGUGCAAUAGAUUUUUCUACGUUGCAGUCAUAGUGCCUUCUCGAUCAUUAAAGUGCAACAUCAUUGCUGCCGUCUCGGUGCCGCGAAUAGCAGCAGCAUUGCCAUCAUCAGCAGCGGAAAAACCGCCCACUUUUCCGCACCAUGGGGUGCGACUGUGAAUCAUGCAUAGCUAAAACGCUGCUAUCAGUGUUCAAUUUUGUGUUCUUCGUUCUCGGAUCGAUUGUUCUAGGUGUGGGAAUAUGGCUCGUGGCAGACAAAUCAUCAUUCAUAGCGCUAUUGAAAAUGGUUGAAAGUGAUCAGCUAGAGCACUUUACGCAACCAGCGGUGAUAGAACAAUUGGCGUAUUUCCUGAUAGCCAUCGGUGCGAUCAUGUUUUUCCUCAGCUUUCUCGGGUACUGCGGGGCGAUACGAGAAAGCCAGUGCCUCCUGACCACGUAUGGACUGUUUCUGAUAGUGAUACUGAUUCUAGAGGUAACAGCCUGUGGCCUGGCGGCUGCCUACAAGGAGAGCGCCAAGACGGAAACGAAAAACUACUUGCAGACGACCAUUUCCAAAUACUACUCGAGCAACGAUCGCAACCAGUCCGAUGCUGUCACGUUGAUGUGGAACUAUCUGAUGUCCGAGAUGCACUGCUGCGGGGUCGAUGACUAUCGGGACUUUAAUCUGUCGGACAAGUGGAACGAGAGCAAGGGCAACCGGCUCAUCCCGGAGGCGUGCUGCAUGCAGACGUCUCUGUUCGAACUAUUGGACAAAAAUUGUCCCGUUUCACCCUCGGAAAGCAACAGCUACUAUAAGAAGGGCUGCUACAACGCACUGAUCGAUUGGAUAAUGUACAACCGGAAUCUGGUGAUCAUCGUGGCCAUCGGCGUCGGUUUGGUGCAACUGUUGGCGAUAUUCCUAUCAUUCUGUUUAUGCAAAUCAAUCGAAAAGUAUCGAGGAAUGAGACUGUAAACCGGUACAGUACAGGGUCAUUUCCGAGGAGCACAUCACAAAACAGAGGUCCAAAAGAUGCAAUCAUUCGACUAUCGAGCAACUUCACACAUUUCCGAGCUACAACUGAAGAGAGAGAUUUGAAUCUCGGGAGCCAAGUAUCGUGGAAUUUUAUGUUCAAAAGCUGUGUAUCAUUAGACUCCCAUCGUGUAUUUAGAUAAGAAAUUGAUGUUCGAUCCGCGUGGAAGGUGAUCGAACGUACAAGUGCACUUUUACUUUACACAACUAAAAUAAGAGUAUAGGUACCGCUGGUCGAAGCAAACACUCGAGACAGUCAUUCACAAACAUAGCGGUAAGGUUUUCGUGAGGCGAAGAAAAGUUUCGGUUUUGAUUUUAUUUUUGUUUCGCUGAGCGGCUUCGAGUAAAAUUUG